AGAUAACAGCACUUAUAUUGAUUGGAGUUACAAUACAGUGAUUACAAGAGUAAGAAAAUAGAUUUCAGACAACAUACCAAAUGUUAUCAAUCGCUGGCGCGAGAGAGAGGGCGAACAAAAACGCCACGACUACGAGCGACCUCAGUGAGUUUCAUUCGAGUCGUGUAUAUUUCGGAAUUCGCUCCGUACAAGUGAGGUUGGGUGUGUCGCUAAUUUACAAAAGAAUCUUUCAACAUGAGCGGACAACAGUACUACCCCUAUAAGUGCACCCCCACGGUGUACCCCGCGGAGCCUUUCGACCCCGCGGCGGAUGCGGAGACCCUCCGCAAGGCUAUGAAAGGGUUUGGCACCGACGAGAAGGCCAUCAUCGACGUCCUUUGCCGCCGCGGUAUCGUCCAGCGUCUGGAGAUCGCCGAAACUUUCAAGACUAACUAUGGCAAGGACCUCAUCAGCGAGUUGAAGAGCGAACUGAGCGGCAACUUGGAGAACGUCAUCGUUGCGCUGAUGACCCCCCUGCCACACUUCUACGCUAAGGAACUGCACGACGCCGUCGCGGGACUCGGUACCGACGAGGAGGCGAUCAUUGAGAUCCUGUGCACACUCUCAAACUACGGCAUCCGCACCAUCUCAGCUUUCUACGAACAAUUAUACAACAAGAGCUUGGAAUCGGAUCUGAAAGGCGACACAUCUGGCCACUUCAAGAGGCUGUGUGUUUCCCUAUGUAUGGCCAACCGUGAUGAGAACCAGGGUGUGGACGAAGGCGCCGCUAGGGCUGACGCUGAGGCCCUGGCCAACGCCGGCGAGGGACAAUGGGGCACCGACGAGUCCGUCUUCAACUCUAUUCUUAUCACACGAUCCUACCAACAGCUGAGACAGAUAUUCGCUGAAUUCGAGGCGUUGACUGGAAAGGACAUCGAAGAAUCUAUCAAGAAGGAAUUCUCUGGAAGCAUCGAGAAGGGCAUGCUUGCUAUUGUGAAAUGCGUAAAGAGCAAGGUUGGUUUCUUCGCUGAGCGCCUGUACUAUUCCAUGAAAGGGCUCGGUACAAAUGAUAAGACCCUCAUCAGAAUCGUGGUCAGCCGCUCCGAGAUCGACCUCGGGGACAUCAAACAGGCAUUCCUUGACAAAUACGGCAAGCCCCUGGAGAGCUGGAUCGCUGUAAGUUGUCUUGCAAUAAUCAUUCAUUCGGCACUUUCAUACGAAAGCGUCACUUGAAUAUGCUUGAUUUGCUUCAUAUGAGAAACGCAUUGAAAAUUUAUCAGUUUAGUUUGAUGUUGAAUUUAAAGUUUCAUUGAUUAUUUACUGUAUUUAUUGAUAUAACCUAUUGCAUUUUUAAUAACUGUCGUCCAUAAUCAUUGUGUUCAUAAAAUUAACUCAUUUGUCCGUUGUUUGUCUAAUGUCUAACAAGCAUGUGUAUUUCUAUGUUUUAUAUUUAAUAGAAAUAUAUAAACUGACCCAUACUUCUUUACGAUACACUGUUGUAAUUGUGGCUGUGCAUUGCCCAUACGACACAUCACCUAUAAAAUCUAACCCUCAUUAUAAUAUAUACUUAUUAUACAGAUCUGUUUAUAGGAAUAUUCAAGAUUUAGUAUAAAGUCAAUAAUUUUGUGAAGUUAUCAGCAAAUGUGUUAAUUGUUCUAACAGAGAAAAGCACUAAUUGGCAUAUGUAAAAGGUUUAUUUGUCGACAAAUGAAUACAGUAGUUCAGAAUCCGUUUUGAUUGCAGGACGACACUUCCGGGGAUUACAAGAAGGCUUUAUUGACCCUAGUCGAAUAAAUUGUGUGGUUCCCGAAUGGUCAGGAUCACUAUGGUUGAUAUCCACCUAUCUCGAAUAUUUUAAGUUUUUUUUUUGUCAAUUUGCUAGAUUAUUAAGACAGUUAGGGCUUGACGGCCGAUCGUAAAGUAAAACAAGCACAACGCUAGUCUAGACGUUCGCGGUCGUCGGGUGUGCUAGGUUAUCGUGAGAUGUAAAUUUAUUUGAGAUCUGUAUAGUUCGCUUGUGAGCACGGUCCCGGUCAUGUAACUCUUCCGUAGCUAACAGCUUUAUGUGUCGCGCUCGUGCACGAGGUAACGGUUCCUCAUUAGUUUUGCUUAGUUUUACAAGUAGUUGUUGGUUUUUCAGGAGGACAUAGGAGGUCCGCUCGGCGAACUCCUAUCAACAAUGUGUUACUAAAGCCUACACUGCUAUAACAUUAACACUCAGUAUUACGAGCGCCAUUCCGUUUUACACCAACGCAGUGUCAAGUAAAGCAAACUAUUUAUUGCAUCUAUUGUAACCGAGUACACUUAUGUGCAUUUUAAAGACAUUAUAUAAUUAAUUUAAGCUAUUUAAUCAUUGUGAUUUCCAUUCUCAUGUAUAGUCAGUACCAAGAAUGCACGUUUGAAGUUUGAGCGCAGUGGUUUGAACUAUGGGCCAGUUUAUUUUGUUCGCUAACAUGUGAAGCGUGAGCGCGUUUUCCGCUGUUGUUUACAGGAUGACCUGACUGGUGACUUCAGGAAUGUGCUAGUCACACUUUGUGCUUAACCCUGCAAUACAUUAGAGCUGUUAUUUUUAUAUGAAUAUUUGGUUAAGCUUAGCAUGUUGUUGCGGAACGCUACAAAGUACAAUAAUGGUUUGCAGGACGAUACGAAGGGCGACUUCAAACACGCGUUACUGACCCUAGUGUCGUAGGGACGCAUACGCAUUAUACUGCAGACCGAUAGACAUGCCUUUGAACCGUAUAACUGUUAAGAGAUGUUUAGAAAUUAAAGCUUGAUAUUUUUGUGAAAAUGAGAUAUUUAUUGGUGCUGUACUUUUGUUUACAUUAUACAUAUUUACAUUAUAAUUAUUAAAUCACACUAUUAUGUAUGUUU